AAAAGCGAGAGAGAAAAGCCUAAGCAUGCACAGUGUGCAGAGCAUGAGCCUCUGUCUGCAAAAGCGGCCCCUCUGCCUGGCCUUCUUGCUUCUCCAUCUCCUGGGACAGGUCGCUGCGACUCAGCGCUGCCCUUCCCCGUGCCCGGGCCAGUGCCCCACGACGCCGCCUACCUGUGCCCCUGGGGUGCGCGCGGUGCUGGACGGCUGCUCCUGUUGCCUGGUGUGCGCCCGCCAGAGGGGCGAGAGCUGCUCGGAGCUGGAGCCGUGCGAUGAGGGCAGUGGCCUCUACUGCGACCGCAGCGCGGACCCCAGCAAUCAGACUGGCAUCUGCAUGGCGGUAGAAGGAGACAACUGUGUGUUCGACGGGGUCAUUUACCGCAGUGGAGAGAAAUUCCAGCCAAGCUGCAAAUUCCAGUGCACCUGCAGAGAUGGGCAAAUUGGUUGUGUGCCCCGCUGUCAACUAGACGUGCUACUGCCUGAGCCUAACUGCCCAACUCCAAGAAAAGUUGAGGUGCCAGGAGAAUGCUGUGAAAAGUGGAUUUGUGGCCCGGAUGAGACAGAAACUUUGGGAGGCCUGACUCUCGCAGCCUACAGGCCAGAAGCCACCCUAGGAGUUGAAGUCUCUGACUCAAGUAUCAACUGCAUUGAACAGACCACAGAGUGGAGUUCGUGUUCCAAGAGCUGUGGCAUGGGUUUUUCCACCCGGGUCACCAACAGGAAUCGUCAGUGUGAGAUGGUGAAGCAGACUCGGCUCUGCAUGGUGCGUCCCUGUGACCAAGAGCCUGAGGAUCUAAUGGAGAAGAAAGGAAAAAAGUGUCUCCGCACCAAGAAAUCCCUCAAUGCCAUCCAUCUGCAGUUCAAGAAUUGCACCAGCCUGCACACCUACAAGCCCAGGUUCUGUGGGGUCUGCAGCGAUGGCCGGUGCUGUACACCCCACAACACCAAAACCAUCCAGGUGGAGUUCCAGUGCUCCCCAGGGCAAAUGGUCAAGAAACCAGUGAUGGUCAUUGGAACCUGCACCUGUCACACCAAUUGCCCUAAAAACAAUGAGGCUUUCCUCCAGGAGCUAGAGCUGAAGACAAGUGGUGGGAAAAUGUAACCUAUCUCUCAAGAAACACCACGACAGAGGUAAACUGCGGCUGCUGCAUGACCGGACAUCAAAUGAGCAUCAGAGAAAUAAGGAGGAACUUCUCCCUUAAGUCCUAUGUCUUUUCUAUGACCAUGUGAGGACAUUUCUAUCUCCCUUCUUUUUUUAAGGAAAGACAUGAUUAACUGUAAACUUGGAAUCAAGGUAAGCUCAGGAUCUGGCGUGAGGAUGACUAACUUUCCUGUGGUUUUAUGACAAAUGCAAAUUUCUGUAAAUUUAAGAAAGCAGAUAUGUGACUUCAUUUGUAGACUGUAUCACAUUGCAUUCAUCUUAUUUUGUUGUGCACUAGUGAGAUUCCAAGGAAAUGUCGCAGUGAUGACACAGGAAAGUCUAGGAUCAUAUUGAACACGUUGUACAAAUAUUUCACCAAACAUCAAGGUUUGACUGGAGGAUUUUCUCGUGUGCUCCUGGAGGAUUCUCUCGUGGGCUCCUUCUUUGGGCAGAUCGACUCUGAACUUCUAAGUCCAAGGUCCAAGGAACAUACAGCUCUUCAACAUGAAGUCCAGGGACUUAAUUUUCUCUUUAGUUGUACACUAAGGAACAUGCCGUAUCUACAGCAAUGAAGUGUUUGUUAAGUAGACUGGUGUAAGCAUUCUCCACUUCAGACACAUUAACUCCUUUCCAAGUGAAAGAAGCUAAGCAGAAAACUCCCAGUACAAAGACGAAUGGGCCCUCACAGCCCUCAUACAUUUGUAUCCUGGAAGCUGCUGAGUCCCACU